AAAGAAGAAGAUUGAAAGGGGAGGAGAGGAGUGCUGGAGGAGGAGAAGGACACGACAAGAAGUUCAGAAGGAGAAAGGCUGGGCGACAGUAGGAACAAGCUCAUUCAAGCAAAGUGCUAGAAACCUUUCAUUAGGGUGGGAGGUUAGGCCAGGUGUAUGCGGUGAAGUAGCAGGGAAGAGCUCCUGGAUUUGCCCGUGUAAAUUUCACUUCCUUCUCGCUGAGAGCACAAUGCGACUUGCUACAAUGGUGUGCCUCCUCAUAGGCGUCUCCGUCAUCCCAGCGGACACCAGGCAUUCAGAAUCGUUAUGCUUUGCUCCAGUUUGGAGCAUGUUGGGAAGGACAAGGAGGGUGAGCGUGUCAAUGAGUGCACCCCAUCGUGAAGAGAACAACAUGACCAAGACCUGGGCAUGGUUGAACGAGAAGACAAAGGGAAGAACGUCUCAGUUUGAGCUGAUAUGCCAGAGGAGCAACUAUCGCAUCGAUGUAGAGGGGCAGAAGAUGAUUCUGAAUGGCAAGAGGAACGAGAUUCAGAAGCUGCAGAAGAACCUGGAGAGCAGCAAGAACCAGUUCCUUGCCUACAAGGAGGUUGUGGAGGGGAUCGAGAAGCAGCUGGACACCGAGAAGGCGUUUGUGAAGGCUUCCAACUUGAAGGUGGGCAGAAGGAUCGCAGAGCUGCAGGAAAAAAUCACGCUAGGAAGGGAGAACCUGAAAGGCAUGGAGGACACGAUGGAAGUGGCGGCAGCACAGACUCGGAUGUUCCUUGUAGACCUGAAGAAGAGCGAAAC